AUAAAGAUAUUAAAAUAAUACAACUCUGCAUGUUAUGUGUUCAGUGUGUUAUAACUGAUCAGCUGAUUUCUGUUUACCUCAUUGUGCUUGUGCUUCUUCUUCUGCGCUGCAUACCAAAGGAAAUUUUUGAAGUCGAAAAAUAAAGAACUUUAAUAUUUAAACAAAUGCAGAACGUUAGUGAAGUAAAGGUAAAUUAAUGCACAUGCAUAUGUAAAUACUGAUGCUGAAUUACUCUUACAAAAUGAAUUUUCAGGCAAAGACAAUGCGGGUGCGCUGCAAUCCUACAAAGAAGUGGGCAGUGGCGGAAAAAAACGCUUUGGUGCAAUUCUUGUUGGCAAAUAGAGAUUUUGAGAGACUAAUAGCUGAAAUUUAUUACACCAGGUUUGUUAUGGAGUAUAAUGUUGUAGUGGAGGGGAAGGCACUGCGCUCGAAUGUUCGCUAUAUGCGCUCUACCUAUAACAAAGCCAAAGGAUGGGAGGACUCAACCGGUUCAGGGAGUAUGGAUGGAGAAACCAUUAAAUCUGUCCUGCUUAAGAAGUGCACCUUCUUUUAUGAAUUAGAAGAAAUUUUACAUCGACAUCUUUAAUAACUGAAAAUUUACCUGAAAUGAUUACUGAAAACGAACGAGUCGCUUCAACGAGCCGCAAGGGCAUAUAUUCAAGAACCGCAGUUUCCGACAUUUUACAAUUUCAGUCAGAAAGCAUAAAAUAGACCGGGACAUGAUUUUGAGGGAGAAGGAGAUAGAGAUUAGGCAAAGGGAAUUAGUGCUAAAAGAAAGGGAAAUAGAACUUAAAGAAAAGUAAGAAUAGAUACCCAAAGAUAAGGAAAUGGAAAUGAAAUGAAGAGAACUCAAUAGCCAAGAAAAAAUCAAAAUUACGGAAUUAGAAAUGAAGGAAAUAUUGGCGAUGGAAGAAUUUAAGCGUAAAUAAACAAACAUUCUGAAAAAGUGCAGAAGUCUAAAGUUAAAAAAAAAAACGAAGCGUUAGUGUUAUAAUAAUAACUGAAACUAAUAGGAAUAAUUAUCACACAUUUUAAGUUUUAGCGAAUUUACAUACAUCCCUAUGCAGUCACUCACACUCAAAUUGAGACAGGAAAUUCUUUAUAAUUGUAUAGCGCAUUAUGGCAUUUUUUUAUUACAUAUUAGUAUUUCAUAACAAUAUAUCGAGGGCUUAUAUUCAAUACCUCUAUCUGCAAUUAUCACAAAAACUACUUUGUUACAACCCAUCUGGGACGUACCUGUCAUCACUGAUCUUAGACUUUGCAAUGCAAUAGUAAAUGCGUAUGUCAAGCGUUAUACAAGGUCAGCAGUAACAUCACCGAUGACAGUUAAGUAUUAGGUAGAUUUUU